UGUUAUCACAUUUACUGAAAUAAUAUUGACACAGUGGAGACAAUCACAUGCUUGUAGUUUUGUGCACAUUAUUUAGAUAAGACAUUAAGUAUAACACCCCUUCCAUUAUUUAUAGCACGCAUCAGUUAUCUUUCUUCCUUCCAACAGCUCAGAGUUGCUUGAUUUCUACGUCAAAGCAACAGUCACGAAAAAGGUGCCAGCCUGUAAUUUUGAUCACCGAGGCACUGACAGAGCAGACGAGGUCGAGUAUUUCUCGGUAUUUCUGAGCAAAAGGGAUAGAAAGACAAUGUGGGCGUUUACGAGAUAUCCUGAAGGCACCACAAUGCCCCUGUAUUAUGUUCAACUUUGACCUUUGAUUCACAUGUUCGGGGAUUUCCAACUCCUGAACGCCUUAAGGCGACGAAUAAUGCCAACUCUAAAACUGGAAAUAAUUACGUUACUAACUAAUUAAGUCAUUCUCCUCAUGGACCUGUAUGAGAUCAGGGGAGGUCUGCUAGAUGUGAUUGCAGAAGAAGCUGAGCACCAGGACUUAAGCAGAGAGUCGACCACCAUGGAACCCUACAAUGUGGUUUCAGACAGAGGAGGGAGGGCGCCACAAGACGUUUCGACCUUCCAGAGGUUCUCAGUCAACACCAACGAGUCCCUUCAUUUUGAGCCCUGUGAGGACAGCACUCCAUCUCCCACUCGGGCAGAAGAUGGACAUGAUGAUGAUGAUGAUGAUGAUGUGUUUAAGGAAGGAGAAACUGAGUGUGAGAUCGUCAGAAUCAGGAAUCAGUUACAGGGGAAGGUUGCUGAGAUGGAGAACUUUGCAGGUCACCUGGAGGAAAUCUUUCUCACUGUGGAGGAUAAUUUUGGCCGUCAGGAGCAGCACUUGGAGCAGCACUACAAUGAUGUGCUGCAGACAUUGUCUCAGCGAUAUGACGAGAGGGCGGCUGGACUAGAGGAGGAGAAGAAGGGCAAGCUGGAAGCCCUGUACAGUCAGCUGCUGGCUUGUGGUCAGGCGAUGGAUGCCUCCAAGGACCUCAUUGAGACGGCCCAGGAGAUCUACCGCAGCCAAGACAAGAGGCUUUUCCUGAAGACAGUUAUGCCCACCAUUAAAAGAAUCGAGGAGUUUGCCAAAGAGGAGAUAGACCUCACAUUGGCUACAAGCCUUGAGUUUAACACACCACUUGCUGACCUGUCAGAUGUCAAAACAAUGAUGGACACCAUCAAUGUUGUUCCAGCUCCAUCUGCGCCAGUAAUCAACCCCCAGAUGCCCAACUCUGCCACCCAGACGUCCCUGCGUGUGUGCUGGAGCUUGUUCUCCGACGACACAGUGGAAUACUAUGAGCUUUACUACAGACCUGUACUGGAGGACACACCAGCAGACAGCACCUGUGCACCACAUGUAAGCAACGUAAAAGUGAAGGAGACCCACUGCACUGUGAGAGAUCUGCUGCCCAAUGCUCAGUAUGAACUGUGGGUAACUGCUACCAAUACCACAGGCAUCAGCCCAGCGAGUGAGAAGGCCUUAUACAUGACAGUGCCAUCGCCUCCAGUUAUCAAGCAGAGGGAGUUUACUAGCUGUCCAGAGGCUGCUCUGAUACGCUGGGAGUCAGGAAACACCAACCCUGUAGACUCAUACACUGUGGAGCUCAGCGAGAUGGGUACUGAUGGCACACAGAGCGGUGUUACUGAGUCCAUAGUAGCCGUGCCCACCUGUCAGUGUCUGAUCCAGCUGCAGACAGGACGGCGUUACCUCAUCUCUGUGCGAGCAGUCAACAUCGGUGGGCCCAGCGACAGGAGUGAAGUUAUUACUGUCUCCACAACAGGUACAUUCUUCCAUCUCCUGGAAGACAGUGCCCAUCCUUGCCUGUCCUUCUCUGAAGACGGCUUCACCAUGUUUUAUGGAGAUGAGGAGCUGCCAAUUAGCGCUAUGGCCUCAGAUGAUAACACCUUUACCAGAUGUGUAGCUGUCCUCGGGGAUCUGAUUCCUGUGCGAGGCAGGCAUUACUGGGAAGUUGAGGUGGAUGAUGGGACGGAGUUUAGGAUCGGAGUUGCAUAUGAGGACACACAGAGGAGCUCGUACUUCGGAGCCAACAAUACCUCCUGGUGUAUGAGACAUAUUCUCACUCCAUCCAGGCAUAAAUAUGAGUUUCUGCACAAUGGUUGGAGUCCUGACCUGAGAAUUACAGUGAACCCAGUGCGGAUAGGAGUGGCACUGGAUUACGAGAGGGGGGCUCUGUCCUUCUUUAAUGUGAAUCUGGAACAACACCUACACACCUUCCACUGUCACUUCCGAAAUUAUGUCCACCCCUGCUUUGGCCUGGAUAACCCAGGAGCUCUUACUGUGCACAACGGCAUAGAGGCUCCCAAGUAUGCAUUCAUCUGACACCAGUAAUAAUAUCUACUAUUAACAUGAAAUAAAACCCAGGACUGGUAGGAAGUGAAAUUAAUUUGUUUUUAAUACUUACCAAAGUUCUGGGUGUCACCCCUCAAACUCUUAACAUUGUGAACCCCCAAAUUCAUCAAAUAAAACCACUGCUGACCUUC